AUGGCGACUCAAGAGACAAAGGAGCCCACAGUGACUCCACAGGACGCAGCCAUACCAGCGCCGCCUGCACAGCAGCCAAAGCAACAAGAGACCAAGACAGAGGAGCCUGUCGACACUCGUGAUGCACUGGAGCUUAUUGAACAAGAGGCAAAGGAAUGGGAGAAGGAUGCUGAGAUCGACCGGAUUCUCAAGGCGUUCCGACUUGAUGCCUACGCCGUCUUGGGUCUUAAGCCAGGCGUGCCCGAGUCCGAUAUCAAGCUCGCCUACCGCAAGAAGUCCCUUCUUAUUCACCCAGACAAAACUAGAAACCCCCUAGCACCAGAGGCCUUCGAUCGUCUCAAGAAGGCACAGAUGGAACUCAUGGAUGAGAAACAUCGCAAGAUGCUAGACGAAGCAAUCGCUGACGCGCGUAUGUUGGUACUUCGCGAGAACAAGUGGACAGUGGAUAGCCCGGAACUCAAGACGCCGGAGUUCGAGCGCCUGUGGACAGAGAAGACGAAGUGGGUUUUGAUCGAAAACGAGCAACGGCGGCGUCGCCAGUUGAAGGCGCAAAUGCAGGAGCAAGGCCGCGAACAGCGUCGUCAAGAGGAGGAAGCAGAGGCGCGUCGCCGUAAGCGCGAGCAUGAGGAAGCGUGGGAGGCCACCCGCGAACAGCGCAUCAAUAGUUGGAGGCAGUUUCAGAAGUCCAAGGCCGGCGGCAGCAGCUCAGAGAGCUCGGAAAAGAAGAAAAAGAAGAAGCUGAAGCCCAUCGGCUGA